CUCCUUCCACUCCACUUGUCGGCAGCAGCCCAGAGCCGCUGCACCGACGCAGAGUUCAUGUCCAAGCGGAAACAUAUUGGUGCGGACCGCAAAACGAGGAGGAUGACAGAGAAUAGCGGGGCGUGAAGUUGUGUUUUUUUCGACGGCACUACUUUCUUUCAAGCUAUCUGGACUGAAUGAAAACACAGAAGACCCCCUACCUGGAAACCCUCGGGGAACUAAGUGGAUUGAAGAAGGCAGAGAGCAAGUGAGGGAGGGAAGACAGAAGGGAUUAGCAGCUAAUCCAGUGCAUGGACAAUCCUGGAUGAGUCUUUUUUUUCCCCCUCCUGGGUGAUGCAGGCAAAACAGUCGCUGGAUUACGGCACUAUACUUUGUUACCCUUUUCUAGAAAGCAUCGCCCUCCUUUUUCCUUUGCUCUGAUUGUUUAUAUUGCCCCUCAAAGGGCUGACAUCGCAGGUCCAGAGGUACCAGGGGGACAGAGGACAAACAAAGAAGCGGGGCGACAGACCUGCCGACAGGAUGUCCCAUGGACAGUUUGGUGCCACACAUGGAUAAACGUUUUUAGAGGGAGCGACGGUGCAUGUCAGCGGACCCCAACCUCUCUCUGUCUGGACUUGGACUCCUAGAAGUUGAGAUGUAUUGAAGACACAUGCAAAAAAGGACUCUCUGCCAGUAAGAUACAUAGUGUUGACAUUUAGCUGGCUUUUUCUUGAAAAGUAACACCUCGGACAUAAACUAAUUCAUUCCACCUUUUUGGCUAAUCUGAAACCUAAACCUGGAAAAUUGUGUAUGCUGGUGCACAAUACGGUCGAGACUGACCACAAGAAAGUUCUCCAAAUCCUUAAAGGUCUGUUUCAGCCUAUUGUCUCACCGACCAGCUGAGUUGUUUGUCAGUUUAUUUGCGGUUGCGGAUCUUAACUGUCAUUCGCUGAACUAAAUCUGAAGACGAGUCCAGCCAGAUCCCAAAUUCUCCAACCGCAUGAACUGUGGCAACAGUUGUAACUCAUCAGCUGCGGAAGCGAGCUGAGUUUGUUCAUGUCCAGUACUAGCUGUGCUUGAGAGGGAGAGAGACUGGCAUUUUUUAGUGUACCUCCCAAAAAGAAACCGUAGGCCGUCAGUGGAUGAAUAUUUGGCUCUGGCCAUGUGGAGAAUGGAUUAUACACACAUUCUCUGCCGACUGAGCAACCACAUAUUUCUGUUUUCUGUUCUCACUGUCCCCACUUUUAAUUUAUUUGUAUUCUCUUUCUCUGGUUUUACAGUGGACCCUAAAUUGGGAGUUUAAACUUGACUGACAUGUGCUCAGAGCUCAGGCGCUCUCAUUCAAAUUAAAGGGUAAUUGUACAACUGUUCUGCCACCAUGAGUCUGGGUAAACUGCCAGGGAUUAAAGGCCUUGUGUCUGGCUCUCAGGGGAAACGUCGCUUCAAGAGUGAACUCUCUGUGGACAUGAUCAGCCCGCCGCUGGCCGACUUCCGGCAUACUAUGCAUGUUGGCCGCGGCGGGGAAGUUUUUGGUGACACUUCCUUCCUUAGUAACUACGGGGGCAUCAGGGAGCCGGGCAGUCCGGACUUGGCAAACAGCUCCAGGACAACCGGGUUUUUCACACGCACCUUUCGGCAUGUGCGGAAAAACUCUGUGCCGCGGCCGCGGGGGUGCUCCCGUGACUUGUCGUCCCCACCACCGGACGUCUCACCCAUCAUCAAGAACGCCAUCUCCCUGCCCCAGCUGAACGUGGACUCACCUAAUGGGUGCCUUCAGAGGAUGCUGUUCUCCAGCUCCAUCAGCUCAACAGAUGACUCCCUCUGCACAUACGGUCUGCAGUCUGGGUUUGUCACUCUGCCCCGCCUCUCUCGCCUUGACGGACAAUUUCAGGAUGGAGACGUCCGGAAAGGAUCUCUACCAGACAGCAGUUGCAUCACACUGACACGCUCAGACUCCCUCACCUCGUUCACUGUCGACCUUGGCCCUUCCCUUAUGUCUGAGGUACUGAGCUUGAUUGACAACCCCAGCUACCUUAAGAUGUCCAAUCACAGCCAGGCAGCAGGUGAGAAAGAAGAAGGAGAGGAAGAGGAAGAAGAGGACGACAGCUCUCUAACAGAAACGCCCGUGCAGACCCCUGGGGCGAAUUCACCCAACCCCUCCAUGGGUGGUGGGUCAUUAAGCAGGAACAAGGGGCACUCUUGUAGCAGGAACUGGACAGAGCAAGAGGAGGAGAGGAGGUCACCGAGGAUACCAGACAAGUGCACUGGGUCUCCUCGGAGAGCCGAGCCUGCAAUGGAGGCAGAAAGGUUCCAGAGGGCAGCUGACGUGCUGUCUCGUCAUUAUGGCGCAGGGUCCUUCACAAAGGGAACGAGGACGAGCAGCGACGCCACUUCUCCUGCAUUUUCCCAAAGCCGUAAAACAUCAUAUGCCUUUUCUGAAGAGGAGGAAGUGGUCAAAGUCUAGAAGGUGAAACUAUCUCUGAAAAAGUGCUGUGACUUUAUUGAUCCAAUAAAGCUAUAGGAACCCUCCCAUGACCUGUUCUGGGUUCACUGCAACAUUCUUCCUCUUCUCACAUGCAUCUACAUGGGGGACGACGUUGAUCAAAGACCAGAUCCUGGUCCUGAUGCUGAUCUUGACCCUGGAUCGUCCCCUCUCUCUGCACUAUGUUGCUGCAAUGCUUUUAUAGAUUAUUUUAACUAUUCUAAAAAUACAGGUCACUGAUUGAGUUUGAUAUCACAAAAUGGAUUUGUAAUAACAACUUUUUUAAUUUUAUCAGUAACAAAGAUGUAAAAGUGACUGAAGUUUGUCCCAUCUGCACUAAUUAUACUAAGAACAGCAGACUGAUUACAGUGGAGAACAAUUCAUUUUGAAUGGUGAUUUUUUCUUUUUUUACACUGUACAUAAUCACGUAAUACAAAAGCAUGCUGCAAAAAUGUAUUCUUAAUAAAUAAAGAUUGUAAAAGGAGCCCAGUUCA